UUAGCAAGUGUAGCCACAUAUAUCCUCAAGUUCCAAAAUACUUCAUUCCACCCUGCACCUGAGAUUUAUUUAGACGCAUAUACGUACACCCAAACACCAUAUAUAUAUAUAUAUAUAUAUAUAUGUAUGAAUCAGCAUAAUUGCCUUGCUCGUUAUUGGUAGUCUACAAAGAUGAAAUUUAGAAGCAGGUAGUAGGAAGAUAGGUUAGGAUUUGAACUAUACAUACAGUAGUGUUACAUAUACAUCAUCUACGUCGCCAUGGAUGGCUGUAGAUUCUCCUUGUUGGUUCUCCUUAUCGUUCUUGCUGCAGUUUUGAUUGGUCUUGCUUCUGCUCAUCCUGGUCCUGAGGAGGAGAUGGAAAUUGAGUACAAUUAUGGAAGCAAUCUGGGUUCUAAUAAAUGGGGAAAUCUACACCAACACUACGAAACGUGCUUAUCUGGGAAAAUGCAGUCUCCCAUCGAUAUUGACAAAAACGAUGCCGUUUUGAACGAGACAUUAGGCUCUCUGAUCAGAAAAUACACCUCCGCAAACGCCACUCUCGUUAACCAUAUUUACAGUGUUGGGGUGUUAUUUGAAGAGGACUUUGGGGAACUUGUGAUAGACGGCAGAAUCUACACCUUGAAGCAAAUGCACUGGCACACUCCUUCAGAACACCAAAUCAAUGGAGUCCGAUACGAUGCCGAGCUCCACUUAGUCCACCAGGCAUACGACGAUGGCAUAGCGGUCGUGGCAAUUCUUUAUCAGUUGGGCAGAGACGACCCACUCGUUUCUGCGCUGAAAAACAAGUUGGAAGAACUCGCAGAUGACGACAAGUGCAAGAAAGAGGAAAGAGCCGAAAUUCCACUUGGGAAAUUCGACAGCAAAUUGAUUAAAAUUAAACCACGAAAAUAUUAUAGAUAUCUUGGCUCCCUCACAACUCCUCCGUGCACCGAGUACGUCGUCUGGACCGUCCUUGCCAGGGUGAGAACCAUAUCGAAUUCACAGGUAGAGAUGUUGAGAGCUCCUCUGGAUAAACCGUAUAAGAAGAAUGCGAGGCCGGUGCAGGUGCUGAAUGGCAGAAAAAUUCAAGCGUAUUAUGAUCAAAUUACUAAUCCACUCGGCAACGAGUAGAUGUGUCUUUUAUACAAGUUAUUUUUAUUAAGGGCAUGUUUGGAUGUUGAGAAAUGGGUAAGAGGGAGUAGAAGAUUACUUUGUUUUUUUUUUUUUUUUUUUUCUUUUCUUUUCUUUAGUGUAAUUAGGUUUUGGAGAGGAUAGAAAAU